CUCGAUCUGUGUCCAUCGACGAAGUCGUUUCAAGUAGUCGUGAUAUGUGAUCACGUCGGGAAGGACAUCUGUCUUUGUGCAAACAGUAUUAUUGUACUUAUCGCGGCCUCGAUUCGUUUCAUUCCUGAAAAUCCGUCAUGAAUCACGUCGAUUGUCAGCGAGACGAUCGAUACGGGUGGCGGAAAGAAGUAUACGAGGGUGAAAAUAUCCUGACGUGUAUGUCAUGCGACCGAGUUCAGCAAUAACCCUCCGGAACUUUCCGGGGGAAGAAACGUCGCCGAAUCAUUGACGACGAUAAUGAACAUAAUCAGUAACGAUCAAUUAACUUGAUAUCAUCUUGUGGCAAUAUUCCGCAUAUCAGUCGACGGCAAAGCCGGCGACAGCGACGUUCACGGCUGUCGCAUAAAAGUACUGUACGAUAGUAUUGAGUAUUAAUAGACAUGAGCGAGUACUCUCGCUGUCUCGAGCUCUACUCUCGGAACAAAAUAUUAUCUAUUUUUUCUUAACGCAUUCGAAGUUCUAUUCUAGUGCGAGAUUUCACACGCGAAACGACGCGUUCCAAAUGGAAAAAAGAGGAACAAAAAUUCGGGAAACGAUCGACAUUUCAUAUGUAAUUAACGGAUUUAAUCUUUGUCUCAUCGCGAGAUUCUGUAACAUAGCGUGACGUGACGCAAGACAGGAAAAGCAAACGCGCGAUUUCGUUACAUGAAUACAAAUAUACUACGUGUCAUAAGUAUUAAAUAUCGUAUGGUAAAACGAAGAGAAAAAAAAAUAAUAGCGCAUCGUAUAUUGUAUAUCACAUUUCUAUUGGAACGUGAUGAUUGGAGGCCGACUCUUAUUACCGGACGACACAAGAGAGAUUUAUGUGAAGAUAAAAACGAAGAGACAAGCUUAUGAACGAGCGCUGUGAACCAGCGCAACUCAAUGAAAAUAUUCGCAAACAUGAAAAAGAGAUUACUGUUAUGCGGCUUCGCCUUCGCCGUCGUGCUCCUCAUCCUCAUGAUCUCGACUGAGAACAACAUCAUCCAAAGGAUACCUUUCCUCGACGUGUCGACGAUCAACGAUAUCAGAUGCUAUGAUGAAACCUCGUCCGCAGAUGGCAUCUAUGAUUUCGAUCCAGAAUCAAACGUCGACAAACCAACACCAGGAAGGAACAUCUUCUUCCACGAGACUUCCUGCUUCGGUGAGGAGGGUUUCGUGCUGAACGCCCGGCAAGCCUGCGCCGUGGAAUCUGCGGCGCGGAUGAACCCGACGAUGACCGUGUAUUUACUGUUCGUCAGUAAAUCCGAAUUCUCCAACAGCACGCACGAGAUCAUCAGGCACCUGCUCAAUUAUCGUAAUAUCAAGAUCCGGCACAUCUAUCCGGAUAGAUACGUGAAGGGCACGCCGUUGGAGGCAUGGUACACCAGCGGCGCGCUGAAGAAGAGCCACUGGCCCGUCAGCCACAUGUCCGAUAUGCUGCGUUAUUUGACUCUGUGGAAGUACGGCGGUAUCUACCUCGACCUGGACGUGGUGGUCACCAGUUCGCUCGAAAAUCUGACGAAUUUCGCCGGUGCCGAGGAUUGGGACGAUGUCGCCGCCGGUGUCAUGGGCUUCGACAUGUCGGAGCUUGGUCGACGCGUGGCUGAUGCCUGCGUGCGCGAUCUCAAGAAGAACUUCCGCGGCGAUGUCUGGGGCAACAACGGACCCGGGGUUAUCACGAGGACUUUGCAGAAGCUUUGUGGGACAAUAAAUGCGCGCGAUAUGACGACCGACCGUUGCCGCGGUUUUACGGUAUAUCCGCCGUCGGUCUUUUAUCCGAUUCACUAUAAGAAAUGGAGGAAAUAUUUCGACACGAAGGACAGUAAUGCGACGUUGAAGAUACUGAGCAAGGCGAAGGCUAUUCACGUGUGGAACAAGUUGAGUAAAGCUGAACAGGUGCGAGUGAACAGUCACGUGCCGUACGCCAUUGUUGCGCGGAAUUAUUGUCCUUACGUUUUCGACAACUGUGAUACAGAAAUGCUGAUACCAAGUAGAUGCAUAUUCUUUCACAAGACCAGUUGUUCACCGCCAUAUCUCACUUCUCGACAAGCGUGCGCCGUAGAAUCGGCAGCCAGGAACAACCGCAAUUUGAAUGUCUUCGUGCUUUUCUUCGCAACCGGCCAGUUUUCUGAGACAUCCCAAGCGUUCGUCGAUAUCUUGCAAACAUACGAUAAUGUGUACAUAAGGAGAGUACGUUUGUCGAGAUACGUUAUCGAUACGCCGUUAGAGAACUGGUUUUUGAUAAACCUUGGAGAAUUUUCAGAAAAUCACGAUUGGCUGUACAAAGGCUUUCACGAUUAUAUCCGGAUGUUGACAUUGUGGAAGUUCGGCGGCGUGGUUUUGAAUCUGAACAGCAUAGUGCUGACAUCUUUGGACGAGUUGACUACUUUCGCGGGUGUGCAAGAUAACCGGAAUACGGACGUCGGUGUAUUUGGCGUCGAUACGAGUACGAAUUUUGGCAAAAACUUUGUCAACGCAUGUAUAGAAGUUAUUAAAAAUAUCAACCCGGACAGCUAUUCACGAUACAAUAUCACAAGAGUUAUAACUGAAGUCCUGCAAGAACUCUGUUAUCAGCGAGACAACAAAGAAUGUCGGCAGUUCACGAUUUAUCCACCGGAGAAAUUCUAUCCUAUGCUUCCUUAUUCACGAAAUGUGGACGAAAUGAAGAUAAUGAAAAACGCAACGACGAUUCAUUUGUGGACAGAUCACAACCGGAACAUUAAAACGGACGCUGUGGCAAUUUACAGAAUGACCGUUAAACAGCAUUGCCCGAAGAUAUACGACACGCAUCACGGACAAUUGGACGUGUUGAAAACCGCAAUGGCUAAGCAAAUCUUCAAGGGUCGUGACGAUCAAUACAACGGUGUCACGAUCGAUUCGAUCGAGGAGGCCUGUGACAGUAAAAUAUUCGCUCAGCGCCUCAAAGAUUCUCUAGAGCAAUGGACUAAGGAUAAAAAACGCGCUGUUUGGUUUCGCGUACAUUUAUCGAACACGGAAUGGGUUCCGAUAUUAACAGGACAGGGAUUUAUCUUUCAUCAUGCAAAAGAAGGAUAUGUCAUGCUAUAUCGUUGGCUGCCCAACGAUGAAGAGUGCAAUAUUCCAAGAUACGCACAUACAUUCUUAGGUGUUGGUGCAUUUGUAUUCAACAAGGAUACUAAUGAAAUCCUUGUCAUUAAAGAGAAAUAUGGUCUCAGUAAAGCCUGGAAGCUUCCAGGUGGCUAUGUAGAGCCAGGAGAAGAUAUUGAAGUAGCAGCCAAAAGAGAAGUUUUUGAGGAAACGGGAAUUCAGGCAGACUUCAAGUGCCUUGUAUCUUUUAGACAUGGACACGAUUAUUUAUUUGGAUGCUCGGAUAUAUACAUGAUUGCAUAUCUAACUCCUCAAAAUUUUAGGAUUCAAAAAUGUAAGAGGGAAAUUUCAGAAUGCAGAUGGAUGAAGUUGACUGAAUUCAUGCAGCAUCCAGAAGUACAUGCAAAUAAUAAAACUCUAGCGGAAAAAAUAGUAGAUUUUUUGCGACAUGAAAUGGGCAUGGUUGCAAAUUAUGGGAUACACCCUAUUUCCAAAAAACAGAUAUGUGUGUACAGUGUAGAAAACAUAGAUGUUGGAGCUACAUUUGUAGAAUAAGCUAUUUUCUAUGCAGAAAAGAGAGAUAUAUUUAUAUAUAUAAAAUGAAAUCGAAAUUUUAAUAACAAUGAUGCAUAUAAAGAGGCAUUGUUACAGCCAUAUGAGCAAACGUACAAAAUAAUAAUUUAGAUAACAUAGCUAAAUACUGUAUAUAUAAUAUUGUUAUUAAAUAAUGUUAUAAAUUAAUGACGAGAUUUUUUCAUUAAUAAAUUAUAUUAAUAUCAACAAAAAUAAAUUUACGUAUACUUAUUUUAUACUAUACCUACAUAUAUCACAACAAGAAUCGAAUCUUGCGUUAUAGUAUAUAAACAUCCUCUGAUUAAUCUUAAAGUGUCGUUAAAUAAGCUGCCUUAAAUCACAAUUAUUCUUAAAGUGUCGUUAAAUAAGCUGCC